AAGAGAGGCAUUACGGAGCAGUUCACUAACAGAGCAGUUCACUAACCCCUCCUUCCUGUUGACCAUAUUUAAAGAGGGUGCGGACAGAAUAUCCAAUGUGUAUUUAUGUAAGGAGGAAAGGCCAAAGGGCAAGAGAGGACAAACAGAAGGGAAGACGGGGCAGGAUAGUUUCUUACCUCCCAGCAGGCUCCCAGCCCGAGCCUUUCCUUCACCUCCUACGCGCCGCCUGCCCGGAGCGCGCACAGGUUCCUGUGACCCGCGCGGUGCGCGCAGCACUGGGCUCCGCACCUCAGCUCCUGCAGAAGCGAGGAUGGGGGAGCAGCGGGUGCUGCUUCUAGUCGGAUUCCUACUGCCUGGGCUCCUGCUCUCGGAGGCCGCCAAAAUCCUGACUGUAUCCUUGUUGGAUGGAAGCCAUUACUUCCUGUUGGAGCAAGUGUCUCAGAUUCUUCAAGAUCACGGUCAUAAUGUCACUAUGCUUGUUAAUACUGGACCUAUUUUAGACCCAGAUUUAAAAAAGAAGGGAAAAUCAUUUCAAGUUAUCAGUUGGUUUCUAUCUGAAGAUGAUGUAAAUGAAUUAAGGAAACAUUUUGAGUUCUUUGUCACAGAAGCUUUGCACGGCAGAGAAGCACUUGUAAACCUUGUAAGGAUAAUGGAACAUUUGGGGACCCGAUGCAGCUAUUUGCUAAGAAGUGAUAUCAUGGAUUCCUUGAAGAAUGAGAACUUUGACCUGAUGGUUGUCGAAGCAUUUGACUUCUGUUCAUUCCUGAUCGCUGAGAAGCUUGAGAAGCACUUUGUGUCUGUUCUUCCCACACCAUUUGGCAGCGCAGACAUUGGGCUUCCCAGCGCAGUGUCUCAUGUGCCAGUACACUUUUCCUACCUAACCAGCCCCUUGGACUUCUGGGGCAGAGUGCAGAAUUUUCUCUUGUCAUUUCAUUUCUCCAUGAGACAGUGGCAGAUGCACUCUGCCUUUGACAAGACCAUCAAGGAGCAUUUCCCGGAAGGCUCGAGGCCAGUUUUGUCUCAUCUUCUAAAGAAAGCAGAGCUGUGGUUUGUGAACUCUGACUUUGCCUUUGAAUAUGCUCGGCCCCUGCUUCCCAACACUGUGUAUAUUGGAGGCUUAUUGGCCAAACCUAUUAAACCAGUGCCACAGGAACUUGAGAAUUUCAUCACCAAGUUUGGAGACUCUGGUUUUGUCCUUGUGGCCCUAGGCUCCAUGGUGAAUGACUGUCAGCCCGAUGAGGUUCUCAAGGAGAUGAAUGCUGCCUUUGCUCGUCUCCCUCAAGGGGUGAUAUGGAACUAUAAGACUUCUCAUUGGCCCAAAGAUAUCAAAUUGGCAGCAAAUGUAAAACUCAUGGAUUGGCUUCCUCAAAAUGACCUUUUGGGUCAUCCUCGCAUCCGUCUUUUUGUCACCCAUGGCGGGAUGAAUAGUGUCAUGGAGGCCAUCCAACAUGGUGUGCCCAUGGUGGGGAUUCCUAUCCUUGAAGACCACUGUGCACCAGCUCCCUGCUUGGAUGGCCUGCAGAUGCUGAGCCUGCAGAAGUACCAGCAGCACAAGUCUGCCAGUGCCACCUGGACCAGAGCUCAGACCCCAGCUUCAUCUCUGGGAAUGGGCCCAGACCUCAGUCCUGCUUCUACCUGGGGGCAACCUGUUGCGGACUGUGCGCACUCAGAGCUCCCAGAAGCAGAGCUUCCAUGGCCUGGAGCAAGCCAAAAGGAGACUGCUAUGGCAGGGUCCCAUCCCUGCCAUUGCCAGUGCACACUAACAGUGGGACUUUUUAUGGUGGACCCAGGCUCCCCUGCACACACUCCUAGUUUCAGCCCAUACCUUACUCCAGCCCCCUCAGGCUGUCUCCGGGCACCAACCCCAGUCCUCUCCCCCUGGGUCUGUCCUCUGAAGCCCAGCUUCGGCACUCAGUCUCUGCACGCACCAGCAGGCUAG